CGAGUGCGCAGGCGCUAGAGUGUAUCUCUCUCACACACACAUUUGUCUGUCAGUGUUGAGGAGCCUGGUGAAAAGACACAAGGAGACAUUUGAAAACAUACAGUAUGUCUGUUGAGAAGCGCCUUGCGUUUUCCAUUGUGCAGUUUCUACGAGAUCAAACACAGUCAGAGACUUUGAAUUCAGACGAACAGGAAAGCCUUGAAGUUGCCAUACAGUGUCUGGAGACAACGUUCAAGAUCAGCUCAGUGGACAGUCACCUAGCAGUUCCACAGCCUUUGACGGAAAUAUUCUUAAACUCUGUCUUCAAGAAUGAUAAUGUGUCUGUGCCAGAGAUUUCUCCUGAAGAUGCAGAAAGGGCAGAGCAGCUGAAAAAUGCAGGAAACAAUCACAUGAAGGAAGAGAAUUACAGCUCAGCUGUGGAGUGUUACACAAAAGCUAUCAACCUGGACCUAAAGAACGCAGUGUAUUACUGCAACAGAGCUGCAGCUCACAGUAAACUAGGAAACUACACUGAAGCCACAAGUGACUGCGAGAAGGCUAUAGAAAUAGAUCCAACCUACAGCAAAGCAUAUGGAAGGAUGGGACUGGCCCUGACUGCUAUAAAUAAUUACACAGAAGCUGCGACUUAUUUCAAAAAGGCCCUGGUCCUGGAUCCUGAAAACGACACGUAUAAAUCCAACUUGAAAAUGGCAGAGCAGAAGCUGAAAGAAGCCUCCAGUCCAACUGGAACUGGACUGGGAUUUGACAUGGCAAGCCUCAUAAAUAACCCUGCCUUCAUCACCAUGGCUGCAAGUGUAAUGCAAAACCGACAAGUGCAACAGCUCAUGUCAGGAAUGAUGUCUAAUGCAGUGGGAGGCCCAGCGGCUGGUGUUGGGGGUUUAACAGACUUGUCCAGCCUUAUUGAAGCGGGACAGCAGUUUGCACAGCAGAUUCAGCAGCAGAACCCAGAACUGAUAGAACAGCUGAGGAAUCACAUCCGCAGCAGGUCCUUCAGCGGCAGUGCAGAGGAACACUCCUGAUCUACUGCAGGGAUAGCAGCAGGAACACAGAGAGAGGUUGGAAAAGAACUGGGUUGUUAUAUGCUUAAUAUCAAAUUCUUGGAGGGCAUCACAAUCAAGAGCGAUGGAUCAAAUGGAAAAAUGAUGGAAGAAACGAUGUUAUUGUGACGAGCAGUUAAGAACUCUGACUGAAUUAAGAUUACUCUUUACAAAAGUGUUGCACUUAUUUUACACAACUCUACAUUUAACAGAGCAAACUAACAUCACCACAUUGCACUGGUAUCAUACUUAAACACAUUUUGUAUGUUUCAGCAAUGUAUUUAAGAUGUAUGCUGCUAUUUACAGGCUUGCAACUAUAGGCACCAUGUAUUAGCCUUGGUAGCAUUAUUUUUCAAAGUUUUUCCAUGUUGGGAAAUGUAGUUCAAGAAAGAAGACCGCAGCAGAUGUCUUUAUAUAAUUCCCUAUAUUUUAGGAACUAUAAAGUGUGUAUGUUACUGUAGUUAUUCAGUCAUGUUUGCUUACAGUGACUUUAUUUUGCAUGUUCCUUAUGACCAUUUGGAUGCUUUCAGGAACGAUUUGUAUACUUCUACACUACAGAACAGGGUUUAAUGUCUUGUCAAGCUCCAAGGUUACACAAUUAAAGCUCGGUCACUACAAAUAAAACAAACAAAAAAAAAAAA